UGAGGGUUGGUCGAGAUCCUGGCCUUUGUGCGCUGUCAUCUAAUGCGACUUGCCCCCCAUCUAACACAAGGCUACCCACUUCGCGUAAGACUGCAGUCCUUAUGCGCAUGCGGUGCUCAGACGACCCCCUCCCCCCAGUCCAUAUGCUAAUCCCUGCGCUCGGGAGUACAGCCUCUCCCAGGAAUAUGUAAAUCACUCUUCAGUGAGGGAGGCCUUCCAUUGUCCCGCACUAGGAUUAGGCAAAUGAGUAAGAGUCGAGUUCAGGAUCCUGGGCCGACUAGUCGCCCUCCACCCCCGAGCUCAUCCUGUUUCUAUUAGGCGCGCUCCUGCUCGGCACACGCACGCGCGCGCCCUGCAGCUUCCCGAUCCUGCGGGCCGCGGACUGUACCAAGUAAACCGGACAGCGAGGGGCAGAGCACGACACCCCCUGAGCCGGUUCGGUGGACCGCCCGAUUCCGAGAGCCCCUCUUCCCAUAGUGAGACAGGAAUGGUCCAUCUGGCUGCGCAAGCGCCCUAGGCUCCUCACGCCCCUUGCUGUCUCCCUCCUACCCUCCUUGCAACGCAGGCGCAGAGCCCGGGCGUGCAGCAGCCACCGCCGAGCCCGAGCCGGGGCCGCCGGCGCCGUGUCUACCUGCCAACAUCCUUGAUUAGAAGAACGUGUGGCUGGAGGUGUGACUGCGGAGAGGCUGGCCAGGGAGGGACGCCGCCCAGCUGCUGCUCUGCUUCUGUCUCCUGUCCCCUCCCCUGGCCAUGACAGAGACCCGUGAGCCAGCAGAGACUGGAGGCUAUGCCAGCUUGGAGGAAGAUGACGAAGACCUUUCCCCAGGCCCUGAACAUUCCUCCGACUCUGAGUACACUCUGUCAGAGCCGGACUCUGAAGAGGAGGAGGAGGAGGAGGAGGAGGAGGAAACCACUGAUGACCCUGAAUAUGACCCGGGCUACAAGGUGAAGCAACGCCUUGGGGGGGGCCGUGGGGGCCCAUCUCGCCGGGCCCCCCGGGCAGCCCAGCCCUCGGGCCCCCCAGCCCAGCCCUGCCAGCUCUGUGGCCGCUCACCGCUGGGGGAGGCCCCGCCAGGUACCCCACCUUGCCGGCUCUGCUGCCCUGCUACAGCCCCCCAGGAAGCCCCAGCCCCUGAAGGCCGGGCCCUGGGGGAGGAAGAGGGGGAGCCACCUCGGGCUGGAGACAGCCGAGCAGCGGGGCGGGAGGAGGACGAGGAUGAGGAGGAAGGGGGCACCUACCACUGUACAGAGUGUGAGGAUUCUUUCGACAAUCUGGGCGAGCUGCACGGCCACUUCAUGUUGCAUGCCCGGGGCGAGGUGUAGGCAGAGCACCCCAGGGAGCUCUGCAGAAGGGAAGGGGUGGGAGGAGGGGCCAAGGAGACUGGAGUGGUCGCGGGGCUGGGGUACCCUAUCUGUGUAGUCUUAGCAGUAGGUGUGUG